AUGGUAAAUUAUAAGACCUACAGAAACCGUUGUGUGUCGUUAAUCAGGGAUGCAAAAACUACCUACUAUAAAACUUGUGUUGAAGAUCAUAAAGGUGAUUCGAAGAAAUUGUGGCAAUAUCUAAGUGAUAUUAUUACAACAAAUCUUAAAACCGCACCGUCAAGUUUACGAAAUAACUCAGACAACUCCACCAUAUUGGACCCUGAAGAUAUGUGUGAACAUUUCAACAACUUUUUCUCCACUAUUGUUAACCAGUAUGUUGCGGUUCAACAAUUUUCUAGUAACUUUGAUAAACUAUCUGAAAUGGUGAACUCAAGAAUUAAUAGUGAUGAUGCCUUUAGUAUUCCACAACUAACUGAAGAAGAGAUAUGUAGUUAUCUACGUAACUUAGACACUCACAAAGCAACCGGACUUGAUGGCUUAAGUCACAAGAUUUUGAAGAUGUCAACCUAUUUAAUAGUUCCAUCUCUGACUAAGAUUUUCAAUAAAAGUUUAUCAUCCGGAAUGUUUCCGACAAAAUGGAAAACAUAA